AUGAGCUCUCCAUACCAACUCGCGCUGUGCAGCCCGCUGGAGAAGUAUAAAAACCCGCUCAUUUCCCUGGUCUCUCCGAAGGCUAACACCGUCGUAGGCUAUCGCCACACUCUCAACAAGUACACGCCUCGCUUGCAGAUGAGCGUGAGGUACGAGGAAAUUACCUCAGGCCCUCCCAACAACCUUACCUGGACGUCAACAAUCUAUCUCAACAACCAGGUUUAUGGCAUUGGAAGGGGGAGCAGUAUAAACAGCGCACGCGAGGCGGCGGCCUGUCAGGCCAUAAACGCUCUUCGCAAUCAGGGUUCGAUCUCUUGA